CGGCCUAGGGCUGCGCCACGUGUUAGGCUGGAACUUAUUGCCUCAGGAGUUAGAGUCAUAGAAUGCCAGCACAUAAGCCGUUUCACGGUCAACCAGCCCAGUAGUCACUCAGAACCGGGCUGUGGAGAUCUGUCUCCGAUAGACAGGGCAGGCUAUAGAGAGCGAUCAACGUACGAGACUGUACCUUGUGUGGUGUCGGCAUGCGAAGUGAGGCCGUUGCGGAACUCGGAAAGGGUGUCGGGAGAAUAUAAAAGCAUUGCAGGUAAAAGAUACGGUGCUCCGGUUUUCCGGUGGUCUCAAUAUCAGUGUCAGACAUGAAGGCGUACACGCACAGACCAGGUCGCUCUACCUUUUGCUCUCGUAUCCAGCUCGCGUACGGCUACCUCGCGACGCCGUUUUCGCCCACCGGCACAUCAUCUCACCAAGGCUACCAAUAUCCAGCCCACCCACGGAAUCGAAGCGCAAUGAGCAGUCAGCUCAAACGACAGAAAUUACCCUCUGAAGUGCAGGAAGAGCUGGACGAGGGCGCCAGGUGGCUCUCGACAACCGCACGGUUUGAACAGCUGCAGAAGGAGAACUACCUUUACUGCGUGGAGGCAGAGGCCUUGGUCGAUAAGUUCAGCAAACUGCUGGCCUAUGUCAGCGAUGAAACCCCCGCGAACGAAACCCGCAUCACCGCGCUCCACUUCGAACAGUCCGCAAGCAUACCCGUGAAGAAGGGUUCAAGCGUAGAUGUAAUCCCUAUUCAUCUCAAGUCAGGUGAACCGACUAUCGGCGGCGAGAAGUUGGAACUUGGAGAAUACGUGCGGUUGACGAAAGAGACGCCAGUUGAGCCAGAUUUUUACUGCCUCCUGCUCUUGAGGAACUGAAGGGCAUCAUGGAGCUGCAUCUUGCACACUUUGGGAGAGCGUUUGGCGUGCAGCGUGAUACCCUCUUUUGCGCUUGGAUUCGAUGCUGCUGUUCGGAGUAGAUCGGCUCUGCCAAACUACCAUGUUCACAGGGCUGUAUUGGCUGAACACAAGAUUUGGCGGAAGGCCUUGGGACUUUUUAAAGAAGGAACUGGCAACUCUAGGGUAGAAGACUAUCCCAACUAAGAUAAAGAGGAAGAAGCCAUACCGAUAUGCACCAGUAAGAGUUUAGAUUGAGUAGAUUUCUCUAAAUAACACUUACUUGUAGUACAGGCUUUAUAGUUUAUAUUGUAUUAAGAAUAUUAUUAUAAGA